AUGAGCGACAGCAUGAAAAGAUUUCUUGCCCAUGGUGACAGUGCCAGAUCAAAAUCAUGGGAUUUCCGAAUUAACAAAUCAACUAUCUACAAAAUCGUGUCUGAGACUUGCAAUGCAAUCUGGCAAGCUCUUAAUGCAGAAUAUUUACCGAAACCUUCGCGAGAGAUUUGGGGAAGAAUAGUCGAUGGAUUUUGGAAAAAAUGGAACUUUCCAAAUUGUAUAGGUACACUAGACGGAAAGCACAUUACUAUUCAAGCUCCACCAAACAGUAAUUCUUUACAUCACAAUUAUAAAGGAUUUUUCAGCUUUAUAUUGAUGGCAAUUUGUGAUGCCAAUUAUAAAUUUAUCUGGAUUGAUGUCGGUGACUAUGGAUCCAACAGUGAUGGUGGAGUGUGGGCGAACAGUAACCUUGGUCAAAGUUUGGAAUCUAAUACAGCAGAUAUUCCUCCUACAAAACUAUUGCCUGGUACAACGAAUAUGCUGCCCUGUGCUUUGGUAGGAGACGAAGCAUUUCUUCUCAAACCAUAUCUCAUAAGGCCAUAUUCAAGAAGAUCAUUGACUAAAAUGUUCGAAACAAGAUUUUUGUUCCAAGUAGAAGAGGCUACUGGUGAAUCCUUUAAUGAAGAUGUUGUCGAUUCUUCUGAUUCUGAAAUAGAUAGUCGUGGCUUUAUAAAUGAUGAUUUAGAGCGAGGCCUGGUGGGAAGUCUGCUUUUAGAAGAAGUGAAUGAUGUAGAUAACGUAGAUUUACUAUAA